AUGGAAUUUUACAACUUUGACUCUGAUGAGGAGGGAGACCAGGAUGGCAAGAUGUCACAAUUCGCCAUAUCCGAGGAGGAGGAAUCUGCUUUGGAGGCCACCGACAAUGAAGAGGAGAAAGAAAGGGCAGACAGUUGUGACACAGACAUUGAAAUAGAAGAUGCCGAGCGAUCAUUUACAACCAUAAAGGGUGCAGAGCUGUACAGAGAGGCUUGCAAACUGGUGGGAGUGAUUCCUGUCUCUUACUUCAUUCGGAACAUGGAGGAGCCCGUUAUGAACCUUAAUCAUCAUGGGCUCGGACCUAAGGGAACGAAAGCCAUUGCCAUUGCUCUAGUUUCCAAUACAACCAUCACUCAAUUACAGCUAGUGGAUAACUGGAUUCUGGGGGAAGGAGCCACAUACCUGGUACAGAUGCUGCGAGAGAACUGCUACAUCCAGGAGCUGAACAUUUCCAAUAAUCACCUUGACACAGAAGGAGCUGAAGCCAUCUGCAGGAUGUUCCUCGAUAAUAUUUCGAAUAUCCGGGCCAUUCAACUUGCAGGGAACAACUUUAGGGAAGAAGCAGCACCGUACUUUUCCGAAUCAUUAAUGAACAAUUACAGAGUGAUUGAGCUGGACCUCAGCCACAAUGAGUUUGCUGACAAAGGAGGAGAGCUUCUGGGACAGAUGCUGGCCAACAACGAGUCCCUGGAGGUUCUGAAGCUGAGCUGGAAUCACCUGCGGAUGAAGGGGGCAGUAGCCCUGAGUGCUGGUCUCAGGACUAACGGAACACUGAAAGUACUUGACGUCUCAUGGAACGGUUUUGGGAAUGAAGGUGCUUUCGCCCUCGGAGAAGCUCUCAAAGUCAACAACGUGCUGGUUGAGCUAGACGUAAGCAGCAACCACAUCAACAGUGAAGGGGCUAUAAAGCUGAGCAAGGGUUUAGAAGUCAAUGGAACCCUCCGAAUCCUGAAGUUGUCACAAAAUCCCAUCACGGUAGAAGGUGCACUCGCACUCCUCACAUGUGUCAGAAGGAAUUCAAAAUCCAGGAUAGAAGAAAUCAACAUCUCGAAUGUGCUGGUCAAUGAAGGCUUUGCCCGACUACUGGAUGUCAUUUGCGAGGCGCGCCCUGAAUUAGAUGUCAUUUAUGGAGGGGUUGGAGGCCACGUAACCAAGAAGCAACAGUACCGUCCAGAUCCUAUGAAGAUGAUUCAGAUCUACUUGGACAAAAACAAGCUGAGACUCUGGGAUUUCUUUAGGAAGAUAGACAAAGAAGGCACCAUGAAGAUUACUGUGGCAGAAUUUCGGAAAGCUAUGAUGCAGCAAACCAAGAUCCCUCUGGACCGAGCGCAGGUUAAUGAACUGGUACGCAAGCUGGACAGUGGGAGAACAGGGCAAGUAGACUACAGUAAAUUUAAAAUUGAGGAGCCAAAACAGAAGCCUAAGGAGGAGGAGGAGGAGGAGGAGAAUAAAGAGGAAGAGACUUAA